GGACGUACGUUAUCAGAAACAAAAAUAAUUGUAAUAUUUGUGAUAUUUAAAUAAAUAAUUAAACUGUGUACAGUGAAUUGUUUAGAAACGUCGUUUGAUUUCAAUACAAUAAUUAGUUUUGAAAAGUUGGAAAUAAUAAGACAUUAUUAUGGCUGCUGCACCACCAUUGCAGCAGUUUAAUCUGCGUUGGAAUAAUCAUACAGCAAAUUUUGUAAAUGUUUUUCAAGAACAAUUUGCAAAUCAAACACUCGUUGAUGUUACAUUGUCAUGCCAGGGACAAUUUCUUAAAGCCCAUAAAAUGGUGUUAUCUGCAUGCAGUCCUUAUUUUCAAGAACUGUUUCAAGUACACUCAGCCCCACAUCCAGUAAUUAUAAUGAAUCAAAUGAAAUUUAAGGAUGUAAAAUUAAUUGUUGAGUUUAUGUACCGUGGCGAAAUCAAAGUUUUAGAAGAUGAUAUUGAUGGUAUGUUAGAGGUAGCUGAAACGCUACAAGUUAAAGGUUUAUGUACGGUUCGAAAUAAAUAUGAAAAAGGUGAUAUACAAAGUAACGAGAAUGAUGAAACACAAAAUAAGGAAAAUACAGGGACAACCUCAUCGAAAGAUUCUGGCAAUGCACGAGACGAAACAGAAAUGAAACAUCGAAAAAAACGAAAAAUGUCACAUACAGUCAAUGAAUUAGCCAACGAACCUUUGAAUGAACCUACCACUAAUGGAAACGUUAAAUCUUCUAAAAAUGACGACGAUCUGCCACCGGAGAUAAAAAUUGAGCCCCCAGAUAUAAAAGAUAUUGACGAUGAACAGGUUACUAAUAAUGAAUGGGAAAAUAGACUACUAAAGGAAGAGCCUGAUGAUACAAGACCUAGAAUAUUAAAAAGAAAAAAUAGAAUUUUCACAUCGAAAGAAUCAUCAUCAUUACCGAAAGCGAGCACAAGUUCUAGUGGAUUGAAGUAUAUUCCUAUUAAAAAUCAAUCAGAUGAGGGUAAAGGCGGUAAAAUACCACGGCCACCAAAUGCCUUUAUGAUAUUCGCAAAUGAAUGGAGACGUCGCUUAGCAACGGAGAAUCCACGUGAAAGUAAUAAAGAUAUAUCAGUACGCCUUGGUGUAUUAUGGAAAAAUUUAAGUUCGGACAUGAAAGAAAGUUAUUACAAGCAAGCAAGAGACGCUGAUUUGGAACAUAAACGAAAAUACCCCGGUUACUAUUACAGUCCAAAGGAAGCACGAUUACGAAAAAAUCAACGAGAUCUACUUAUGAACAAGUCACGUUCACCGAAGAAUGUCGAUGCAAUGCGGCUCGUCAAAGUAUACAUGCCAGAUACACUUAUAUCACCACCUUUGGUCCCUAUGACCAUCGCCUCUGAGGAUGAUCAAAUUGAAAUUGAUGAUGAAGAUGGCGGUGGUGUAGAUAUGGAUUCAGCUGACUUAGAUCUAGAUGAAGAUAGUGACAAACAAGACAAUGAUCUUGAUAAACCUGAUGAUAUGGAACAAGAUGAUGAUCAUAGCGAAUAAAUAAACAAACAAAAGAGAAUCACACACAAAAAAAAACUUUACAAUUUAAAAA